GAACUGAGAGCAAAAUCCAAACUCCUUUAGUUGAUAUUAAAAUCAACCAAGAAAUCUAUAUGAUGAAUGAUACCGAAAUAAAUGAUAUCAGUUAUCAUGCGUCUGCAACAGCCUCAACGAUGACCCUUGUUAACUCCCAUACGGUGUACACACUUAAUGGAACAAUCAGAGUGAAGAUUGUACUGUUUGACCACAAGCAGAGACCCAAAACCCGAGGUGGAGACAUGCUUAUCUUAUGGAUGCGAGACAGAAGCAAAGGAGCUGCUUCAGCAGGAUCCGUUACUGACCAUGACAAUGGGACAUACACAGGUAUUCUGCGCAUCUUGUGGACCGGGCAAGCUGUCAUCCGUGCAGCAAUAUUGUGUACAAGAGAAAAAAUGGCUUUCAUGCACAGGGAAUUGAGGAAAGGAUAUGUCAUUUGUCCCAGCCCCAAACGCAGCGAUGGCUUCAAACAUCCCUUGCAGAAGGGCAAACUUCCGGAACACCUGGCUGUCAAACCCUUUUUGGGCCCCCAUGGUCUACCUAUGUCGUUUGAAAAUGCCAACAGGACUGCGAUUCGACCAUGUUUUGUCCAUCUAGACGAAAUACCUUCCGGUUCUAGAGAUAUUGUUCUCAUUCAUCUUUACGCUCAUUUCCAAGUGUUUCCUCUACACGUGUUUAAGGCUCGAAUGAAGUAUAUAAGACUAGCAACAGAGAGACUUCUGAUACGAUCACCCGAUAUAAAAAUUGUCAUUAAAGGACCACACUAUUUCAUUAAACAUAGUACACGGAACACUUUAGGUGGAUUGUGGGGACCUCUAUAUGAUAAAAUCAUCAGACAAGAAUUUGUUUCUCUUUAUGCUCGUGUCAUUUACCUCGAUGUUUGGGACAUGCACGUUACUGGUGAGAAUUCUGACGUUCAUCCUUCUGAAGGAUUGUUAAAGACGAUGCUUCGCACUUUGUUCGGAUAUGUGUGUUCAAAAUGAGGAUAACCUUUGGCCAUGUAAGUUAUCAUACAUUAUCAUAUAUUUAACGAGUCGCUAAUUGUGGCGUUUUUCAAGAAUACACUAUGUUUGUACAUGCAUUUAAAUAGUUGAAAUGAACAAUGCUACAUUCAUGCAAUAUUCUGUUUCU